AUGGCGCCACCACAACCAGUAGAAGUAGAAGCACAGCCACAGCGAGAGGGCGCUUGGUACAAGCAGGGGGCCAUCCCUUUGGGGUCGUGCAUUGGCGGUAUUUCGAUCUAUCUUCAUUGGUCCUUCUUUGCCCUUUUGGGCAUCAUGCUUAUUUCAACAUUGCUUUCCAAUGCGUCCGAUGGUAACUAUUGGCUCCUGAUCAUCUUGCUUUAUGGACCCAUCCUUUUGGUUACUAUCAUCCUUCAUGAAUUCGGACAUGCCUUCAUGACCAAAGCACUCGGCGGACAAGUGGGUGACAUGGUCCUGUGGCCUUUGGGUGGUUUUGUCAUUUGUGGUCCCACAGAGACGGUAGCUGGGGACUUUUACGUGGCAAUAGCGGGACCUUUGACCCAUAUUCCUCAAUGCUUGGUUUGGUUUGGCAUUUUUGCGGCUGUGGAAGGAGGCAACUUUGAGAAUUUUGGACGUUUCUAUGACAGCGACAUGGACUUUGGGGCUGCUCUGACGUCCCAGGCCUUUUAUCUGAACGUGGUCUUGUUCAUCUUCAAUCUCUUUGUCCCUGCCUACCCACUCGAUGGAGGUCGUUGUUUGGCAGCCGGGCUGGUCCUGUGUGGCUUGUCUGUCCUGAACGCGGCAAUGGCCACGGCAAUUAUUGGAAUGGUGAUUGCCAUGGCAUUCGCAGUUUGGGGAAUUUUCGAUUUCAUCAACGGGUCGCCCACGGGAAUUUUUACAGCUGCCAUGGGUGCAUGGAUCUUUAUGUCUUCCUACGGUCUAUUCAAGUUGACGCGACCAGCUUCUGGAGUCUACGGCGAGGUGACCGACAAUCUGAAAUCCCACCCAGUCUUUGGACAAGAGUGUUACCAAAAUCGAGCACGUGGUGAAAACAACAAUACUAGUGGCAGCAACAAUGCGUGA